UUACUUUGUGAGAUUCUUUGUGAAUAGCAAGAAACAAGCUCCCGAUUGUGCAAAAUGUCGGAUUCUGAGUACGCAUCCAGCAUUGAAGACGUGGCCCCAUUAGAGGUGGUGCCACCACCGCGCUCGAGCAAGAGCAAGUCCAAAACCAGCGCGUCGACCUCAACCGCUUCUACGCCUGCGCCUAAGCCGAGGAAGCGAAAGCCUGCCGCCCAUUCCGUUGCGAACGUUGAAGCCCUAACUAGACCAAAGAAAACGAAGAGUUUGUUUUCAAUCAUUAAUAAGGACGAGCGGGCAAGUGCGAAGGAGACAACUCGUAGCAUCGCAUCGAGCUUUACAUCGCGGGUGUCUUCGGGCCAGUGUCGUCGGACUGCAGUCACCAGCGGCGAGUUCUACAUAGAUUUGAAAGUCUACAACACCGACGAUGUUAAGAACGUUCCACCCGAGGAGCGUUACAAGAAAGCGCUUGCAGCGGUAAAACUCCAAUGCGGUGAACAAUCCCAGGAGUGGGAGGCUCUACAAAGGUUUAUAAGUAGCGCUUACGUAAUUUUUGAAGAGUGCGAACCGACUUAUUACAGUAAUAAAAUAAACAUUAAAUAAUUUUUACUUGUAAAUAAACAUACUUAUUACACAGUUUUAAUAUUAUUUUUUACAUUCGAAUUAUUCAACAUUAUUUCUAGUAGGUAGGUAUAGAGACUUUAUUGUUUAUUAACUAAUUCUUGGUUCUAAAAUGCCUUUCUGUACUAUUUGUAACGUGUCCAUAGGUUCAACCUCUUGGGUAGGACACUUGCGGAGUCGCUUGCACAAACAAAAGAACUCCACCCAACCACACAGUGAUGGUGUGGAAAUCGUAGGUUCUGCAUUUCGCUCUCGAAUCAUUUCUUACCGAUUAGUUGCAAGUGAACUUGACCAAACUUCUAUAGAUAUUUUCUUUAAUUCUAUUCAUAACAAAAUAAAAUCACUUUUAGAUGAUGCUUUAAGAGUACAUACUUGCAUCAAAGUGAAUUUUGAAUUAUUUAGCAUUUUCCUGUUAUUCAAAAAUAAUAUGCAGGAAAUGAAAUCUUUUGUUACAAAGAAUUUUAUACUUUACCACAACUAUGAUUUUGAUAGUUUAUUUUCUAAACUAGUGAGUAUAUUGAAAAAGAAAAUGGAAGAGUUUGAGGAAAGCGAUAGUGGUUGGGCUUUUUUAAGUAAUUCACAUUUAGAAAUAAAUGUCAAUAAGUACCAACCAUUAGGUGGGUCAUCUUAUUUAAAAUUACCUAAAUUUAUUCAAAAUAAGAAAGCAUGUAUAAAUAUUCAAAAUAAAGACCAGUGUUGCUUUUUAUGGAGCGUAACAGCAGCUCUUUACCCUGCUCGAAAUCAUCCUGAACGAGUCUCGUCUUAUCCCAAUUUUAAAGAUGUUCUAAAUAUCAAUGGGAUAUCUUAUCCCGUCACAUUCUCAGAUAUUAGGAUUUUU